AUGUUAAAGACCCGACGCCUUCUUCGACGGGAGAUCACCUAUGCAUCUGCCAAGGAAGAGGAGGUUAACAUUCUUCAUCAACUUGGAUACCAUGAUAAGCAAACCAGAUUUUUUACACACCUCUACAACAACAGAGACUGGAUCAAGACCAUCGUUGCGCAUCAUCUGAAUUUGAGCUCACCUGCUGUCUGCCGCGUGUUCGAAGUGGAGGACUGGCUGCAUGGUAGCUUCAACGUUUGCAUUCCUGUCAUACUCAGCAAUAGUGAUGGAAAACGUGUGCUUGUGCGUUUUCCGCUACCAUACCGCGUCGGCGAGGAUUUCAUGCCCGGUAAUGGAGACGAAAAGGUCAAAUGCGAGGCGGGCACAUACGCGUGGCUCGAAAAGAACUGCCCCGACGUGCCAAUCCCGCAGUUAUACGGGUUUGCUCUCUCUACCGGUGAAACUAAAACUUGCCGCUCUUGCGCCAGUGGUUACAAUCUCUUCAGCGUCGGAUUCGCUCAUGGCUAG